AUGAAUAGUACUGUCAAUUCGAUGAAAUCAGAGGACUUAACGCCCUUAGACCAUCUAUCAAAUGUUAAUCAGGAUGAAAAUAUUGACAUUUGUAUGAAUCGUAAGCAUAAAUGUUCUGACAGUUGUAAUAACGAAGAGAAUGAACCAAGUGAAGCGAAACGUCAAUGUUUAUCAUCUGUUCAUAGUUCAAAUAAUGUUACUGAUGGCAUAAAAACAAAUUAUAAAUUUAAAUAUUGGCUUGUAUUCACUGUGGUAACAGCUGGUAAACAAGGCUGUGAGUUGGGAUCUGAUCAGACACCAGUUAUUCAAUUCAAUGGGAUAUUGGGUGAUUUUUUCGAGAAUAAGAUUGUUGAUCGGAUCAAAAUCUCUAUUCGACCUGAAAACUUUGCUCGAACAUAUCGGUCUUCCAUAGAGCUAAUCAAUAAUAAAUCUCAAUUACAAUCGAAUAUUACCUCCAAUAACGAGUUGAAAUCAGAUUAUUUUUUUUCUCCUUGGAACAGUUGCAACAAUAAAAUCAAUGAAUUAACACCUACUAACACAAUGAAAUUGAUUACUUCAGUCGAAUCGCCUAAAUACACUUCAGCAGUACAUGGUGUGAAUAUCUCUACAGAAGCAUUAGAAGCUGCUGGUUUACAAGAUAUCACAGAAUAUGAAUUAGAUGGUUUAAGCUUUAGAGAAUCAAUAAUUAAAAUUUCAAAUUGGUUAAAAGAUCAUGGAGUACUAGAUGAUCAAUUGCCAAAUGACAAGUCUAAUAUAUUACUUAUUGCAGAAAAUCAUCAAUCUAUACGAAAUGUAAUACAUGCUGAAGCUGCUUACCGUAAUGUAGAUCAUGAAUUGAUGAAUUGUUCACCCUGGUCAGUGUAUAUAGAUUUGAUUGAGUCUUGUCAACAGUUUCUUCUUCAAUCCAAUGAUUUUAAUGAUGAUGUUGGUGACAAAGGAGUCACUGAACAGAAGGAGAAUAAAGAACAUCCUCUGCAUAACAUAUUUGAAGCUGCUCGUGCAUUGAAAAUUGAUUGGGAAGAGACUGAACUAGCCAAUAUUAAAGCUGAAUUAAUGUCAAAUAUAGUAAUUGAAUUGACUAAGAAAGGUUACCAAGUGAAAGAUCCUGAAUAUGUACGUUAUAAUUAUGAACAUAAAACAUUUUCACGUAAAUUGAAAAUAAUGGACAGUCAAGUUGUUGAAAUACGUCAAGUUCCAUGGACUGCCACACCAGCUACUAUCGCUCAUUAUUUCACCGGUUUGAAUGUUCAUCCUGGUGGAGUAGCCAUACGAUUAACAGAUGGACGACGUAGUAACACUGCUAUUGUGGCUUUCGAUGAUUCGAAGAAUGCUCAACUUGCAUUAGCAAGAAAUCAACAUCAUUUGUGUGGUUCGUUGAUUACAGAUAUUGGAAGUAGUACAUCGGAUGUGCAUACCACAUCGUCAUCGACAUCAUCAAACAAUCCUGUUACAAACAACAGUAAUCUCACCAAUCAGAAUUGUGCUAAUAGUCGAAGUGAGUGUUCGACUGAUAGUAUUCAACAGAUCAUAAGUGGUUCAAUGAAACCGAUGUACUUGCAAAUCCAUGCAGCUUCAGGAAAAGAAUUUGUUCAAUGUACUGGAUGUGAUCAAGAAUCUGUUAUAAACUUUUUAAAUCAAUUAACAAAUGGUGAACAAGUUGUAGUACGUGUACGUGGUUUACCAUAUACAACAUGUAAAAAACAAAUUAUUGAAUUUUUCAAUGCUGUACAAGCACCAAUUAUGUUCAAUGAACAAGGAAUAUAUUUAGUUGUUUAUCCAGAUCAACGACCAACUGGUGAUGCAUUUAUUCUAUUUUGUAAUGAUCAUAUAGCAACUAAAGCAUUAAUACGUCAUAAAGAUUAUUUAGGUGAUAGAUAUGUUGAAUUAUUUAAAGCAUCUCCAUCUGAAAUGGUUCAGGUUUGUCAUAAUGUAACACUAUUACAGUGUUCACCAUCUGGACAGAAAACACAUUCAGCCUUAUCAAACAUUCAAUCUAAUGGAAUCAUAGGUGUACCACUCAUGAAUGGUGGAACACAAAUCAACUGUUCUAACCUAGUCAAUUUUGUAAACAAUAGUAAUACUAACAAUAGUAUUCAUAAAGAAACUUACUUAAGCCAAGCUCUUACACAUUUGAAAUCGGCUAUCAGUACCGGAGCCCUAUCAAAUGUACAAAAUCUAUGGCAUUCUGGUACAAUGUCUUUGGGUUUGCCACAUAACUUGUUAACAUCAACUAGAACAGGAUUGGAUUCAUCUGGUCUAAACGACAAUGUAUUAUUAAACAAUACAUUAAGAGGUAUAUCACCAUUCAUACCAGUGAUCUCACCAAACAAUCCUUCAGUUAAUCUCAAUCUUUUACCAAAUAUAACUAGUACAAAUUCGCUCUUUCGUGAUCUAACUGAUCCAACAGAUCCUGACUGUCCAUUUGCAAGACCAAUGCCAAUUGGUGGUGCAUGUGCUAUGGUUCAGUUGAAUGAAUUACCCAUGGAAACGUCUAGACAUGAUAUUCGAUUGUAUUUGGGUCCAGCCAAUUUUGCAAAGGUUUAUCGUAUGAGAAGGAUGGAAAUGAUUACAAACCAUAAUAAUACAUCAUCAUGGUUACUGUCAUUAAAGAAUACCAUUGAAGCUAUUCAAUUUAUUCAAGAUUUAAUAACUAGAUCAUUUGGUCUAACUAAAUUAUAUGGUAACAAUAAUCAUAAUCAUAAUCCCCAAUUUACUGUUAUACCAAAUAUUCCAACAUUUGCCUUAUAUACUAUUGACCAGAAUGGAAAGUUAUCAGUAGUUAAUUUAUCAGAUACUUCAUUAUGUAUACCAAUACAUAGAAUACAUAUAAGUUCUUUAUUGAAUGGAUCAAAUGGACCAUCAAAGAGUCCCAAUUUGAAUUGGUCAUCGAAAACAAUGAAACAUACAAUAAAAACAAAACUGGAUGAUCAAAAUAUAUUAAAUGCAAUGACUUCAAGAGUUCAAUUAUCAGAUCCAACUUUAACUUUAAAACAUUCAUCUUCAUUUAUAAAAAAUUUUGAUAUAAGUAAUUAUGUCAAUACAAUAUCAAGUUUUAAUCUUUCUCCAACAAUUACCCUUCAUAAUAAUGAAAAUUUAUUAAUUCCAUCUAAUUUAAUCUCUUUAUAUAGUACAGAUAAUUUAAAAGAUUUAUAUCAUGUAAAUAAUAUUUCAAAUGUUCAAUUUCAAUGUAAUCUUCCAAAUUUUACAGAAUCUAUGGUUAUGUUAACAGGUUUACCAGUUGAUGUAACACAAGAUGAACUUGGAUCAUUGUUUAAACCUGUUAAAAAUUUAUUGACGGCUCAACCAUACUUUAUACCAUUUCAAUAUCAUCCAAAUGGAACUGCAAAUUUCUUAGCAAAUUUUAAUAAUCCAUUAGAUGCUCAAACUGCAGUACGUUAUUGUCCAAAUGGUAGUUUAAGAUCAAAUAAAUAUGUUAUAGGAGCAGCAUGUUUAAUACCACCGACCAAUGUAACAACCAUUACAAACCAUUCAAAUUACAUAACUCCAUCAUCGUCUUUAUCCUCCUCCUCCUCAUCAUCAUCAUCAUCUACACCGAUAGUACCUGUCAAUGCAACGAAUAUGCUGACUUCAGGUUUCUUAAACAAUGAUUUAUUAAGUUCAGGGAUAUUUCUAUUACCAUCCAUACCAUCACCAAUUCAACAGAAUAGAUUAUAUUUUCAAUGAAUAAAACAGAGAUUUUCUUAUUGCUGCUUAUAUCAUCUAUACUACAUUAUAGACUACUUAUAUGUCCCUACUAUUUCUCGUCUUCCCAUUGAUCUAAUAUCUU